AUGUCACCCACAAUCACAACGUUGGUGUCGUCUCAAGCUUCCCCUGAUGGGAAUUCCGGCCUUACGAAAGAAGUCUCCAAGGACCUGGACACUGAGAUGACUAGUCCACUAACAUUGGAUGAUUGCAGUACCACCUCGUCAACUUCGGCUCGCUCUACCGAGAUGUCCUCCUUUUACUCGGCUAAACUACGCCAGGAGCGCAUCAAUGCUCGAACCAGCCGGGAGGCUCUAAUUCACUCUCCAGCCGUUUUGGGAACAUGGAGACGGGAACCUCAACCUGAGCCAUCUGUAACAUCACCAACUUCAUUGACUCGAACAACUACACUUCCAUCGCCAUCGCACUCGUUUUCAGAACGCCCUCCUACUUCAAACCAAAAUCGAUCCCCAGACAACAUGGGAGGUUCAUUCUCCGAAUCCCGUCCAAAAGGUCAUUCUUCAAUGGCGGGCGAAGACGCGGUCCCCCUGAGUCGCGUGGUCCCCGGGCCUGUUUGGCCGUCAGCCAACCAGCUCAAAGUCGCUCAUACCUAUGGCAUUCGAAGAGCCGACGGUACCUUUACUCAACUUAUCAGAGCGGAUGAGUUGGACAGCUACGAUUUCGAGCGCGUUCCGGUCUCUCAAGGCCCUGAGGGCAUGAUCAUUCUCCCGCCUCCCGAACAGCUGCGACCUGAGCAACGAACUGGACCUGAGCCGAUCAUCUCCAGCGACAUCAUCCGAACACUUCCACGUAACAGAGUUCGCCGACCUCCUCAUAUCGCGCGCGCCCAGCGGGAUCCCAGUGAUGAGACUCAGAUGCAAAUCGAUUCGAUCAUUGCACAAGCAGGACUAUCUCCAAUUUCAGCUCCAGCUCCAGCUCCCUCCGCAUCAUCCAAGCAUGCGCGUAGAGAGAAGAUCUACUGUGACAAGUGGAUCCAUGAAGGCGUCUGUGCUUUUACCCAGCUUGGAUGCAAGUACAAACACGAGAUGCCGAUGGACAAGGCGACCCAGCUCUCUCUGGGCCUCAAUCACGGUCUUCCGCUCUGGUACAAGCGCGCCCAAGCUGUGCAGAUGCGCGCUGAGCCGCAGCAGCAGCAGCAGCUUGCCAUCUCUCCGUCCCCCUCCCCCCGUGUUGCCGGUCCAUGGCGUCGUGCAGACGCAGCUGCAGCUGCUCCCGCGGCCGUCGGUCAAUCCCUGCCUACCAUCAUGUCGUCUCCUCAAACUGGCCGUUCUCCCUUCGGUCCCAUCGGUCCUCCUACACAGCCUGCCAAAAGCAGCCCACCAUCUACAAACCCCUUCUCUCUCCUCAAAUCUGAAGACGAUGGCGGCGAGGAAGAGGACGACGAUGACGAUACUGUGACUUGGACUGGACGACGCCGUGGAGCUAUCUGA